UGAGCCCAAUUGAGACGCAUUGAAGCCUAAGGACGGAUAAAUUUUUACAGCUAAAUCAUAUAUUCAUGAUUUUAAGACGAAUCGAGAUGUUCGAGCUUCAUACACUGUUAAAGCGCAUUUAUUAAAAAGCAUGCGCAGUACGGAAGGUGUUCACGACAGUGAUGACGCGUUUGAGACAGCAAUAUGAAAUCGCAUGAUGUGAGUUUUAAUAACAAAAACAUUAAAUACACAAAAACGGGAGGGGAGAGGAGAUAGAGACAGAAGGACAGAACUAGUCCUUUGGCCCAUUCACAGCUCAGGCUGCUAUCAUAUUCACAUCAUCCUACAAGAGAGGAACAAUCUCCAGGUGUAACAAGUGAAAUAAAUGUAGAAUGUAUACUACGGUAAAGACAGAGUUUAUUAAAGAGGAGAUUGAAGACAUGAGUGAUCCAAAACCAUCCAGAAUGAAACAUGAAGAUACUGAGGAACAAACAGACUUGACACACUUAAAAGAAGAAAGUGAAGAACUGGUGGAAAUGGAGGAGAAACAUCACAAUCAGGAUGCUUUCAGAACUGAUGGAACGUGUUCGGAGACUGAGAAGAAAACUCAAAGAAGCGAAGCCAAAAACCCCUUCACGUGUCCUCAGUGCGGGAAGAGUUUCACGCGUAGAGACAGCCUUAAGGAGCAUCUACGAAUUCACACGGGAGAGAAGCCCUUUAGCUGCCAUCACUGCGGGAAGAGUUUCACGCGGAAAGAGAGCCUGAAGUAUCACCUGCGGAUUCACAGCGGAGAGAAACCAUACACCUGCCAUCAGUGCGGAAAGAGCUUCACCUUCAAAAACAACCUCAAGGUUCACCUGAGAAUCCACUCCAGGGAGAAGCUGUUCAUCUGCCCUCAGUGCGGAAAGGGCUUAACGUGUAAAAAAGGUCUUAAGAAUCACAUAAGGGUUCACUCGGGAGAGAAGCCUUUCAAAUGCCAUCACUGCGCAAAGAGUUUUAAAUGGGCGCACAGUCUCAAUAAUCACCUGCAUUCUCAUUCUGGCGUGAAGCCUUUUAAUUGUGUUCACUGCGGAGAAGGUUUCACGUCGUCAUCCAUCCUGAAAAACCACCUGAAGGUUCACGCGAACGAUAGGCCGUAUGUGUGCUCCUUGUGCGGAAAGAGCUUCAUAUGGCCGGGCAAUUUUAAAGAGCACCAGAAAAGACACAGCGGGGAGAGAGACCACGUGUGCUCUGAGUGCGGCAAGACCUUCACCACAGCCAAACGUCUGAAGGAGCACCAGAGGAUUCACACCGGAGAGAAACCCUACAAGUGCACGCUCUGUGACAAGAGCUUCACUCAGUCGGGAUCGCUGAAGGUUCACGAGCGAGUGCACACUGGAGAGAAACCAUAUCACUGCCCUUCAUGUGGGAGGAGUUUCUCACAGCUAACCAAUCUUAUUACUCAUAUUAAAAAACACUGCAAGAAAUCAUCACGCUCUUAAAGAUUAACAUGCUUUGAGAUGCCGUAGAAGAACCGUUUUGUCUAAAUGUUUUUUUGUGGUGGAAGAAGAUUCUUCAGAUUCUAAAAAGUAUUUUUAUAAGGAAGUUUGACUGAAUGGUUCUUCUAUGGCAUCGCUGUGAAGCACAUUUAUUUUUUAAGAGAGACGGUCAAGUGUUUUUUAUGCUAAACCUUGACAAAACAAUUCUAUUAUAAUUCGAAAUAACAGUUUUCUGUUAAUAUAUUGUUGAAUGUAAUUUAUUGCUGUGAUCAAAGCUCAAUUUUCAUUCCAUUCUAUCAUCCAGUCAUUCAUUUAUUUGGCUCUUGUGUAUAAUUCGCUGACUGUACAUGAGAAAUAAAAAAGUCCAAUCUUGCACAA